AUGAAGAAGGAUGUCAGAAUAUUGCUGGUAGGAGAUGCUGGAUCCGGUAAGACAUCUUUAAUAUCUUCGCUCGUUACUGAAGAAUUCCAAGAUCAGGUUCCGGAUCGAGCUGAAGAAAUUACAAUACCUGCGGAUGUUACGCCUGAAAAAGUUCCAACUCACAUUGCUGACUAUUCAGAAAAGGAGCAAUCCGACGAGGAUUUAACCCAUUCAUUGAAACGAGCCAAUGUCGUAUGUCUUGUAUAUGCCGUUAACAAUGAAGAAUCAAUUGAGAGGAUAACAUCGUAUUGGCUGCCUUUUAUUGAAUCUGCAGUCGAUCCAGAUUCUAAAUUACCCAUUAUCCUUGUUGGAAAUAAGAGUGACCUCGCCGAAGAAAGUAGCAUGAGGCGUAUUUUACCAAUUAUGAAUGAACACAAGAUGAUCGAAACCUGCAUAGAGUGUUCUGCUAAAGAAUUGAAAAACAUCACCGAAUUGUUCUAUUACGCUCAAAAAGCUGUAUUGCAUCCUACUGCGCCUCUUUAUGCAUCUCAACAAAAGCAGUUGACAGAAAGCUGUAGGAAGGCACUAACGCGUGUAUUCAAGGUGUGCGAUAUGGAUAACGAUGGGGCGUUAAAUGACGCAGAAUUAUUUGACUUCCAGAAAUAUUUCUUCAGCACGCCCCUUCAGAAUCAAGCCUUAAAGGAUGUGAAGAAUGUAGUUAAAAAAAGUAAAGGAUCUGUAGGGGUAAAUGAUCAUGGAAUUACACUGGCAGGAUUCCUAUUUUUACACACGUUGUUUAUACAACGUGCAAGACACGAAACAACUUGGACCGUAUUAAGGAAAUUUGGGUAUAACGAUGAUCUAGAAUUUCGUGAUGACUACAUCUACCCAGAUCUUAGAACAGGUCCAGACUGUGUUACGGAAUUAUCACAAAUGGGAUAUCAAUUCUUAACCCGAUUAUUUCACAAAUACGAUAAAGACUUAGAUGGAGCACUAUCUCCAGAUGAAUUACGCGAUCUAUUCAGUACCUGUCCUCGAAUUCCGUGGGAAAAAGAUAUCAUAUAUAUGAUUACAGUAAAUAGUAACGGUUGGAUUACUCUCGCCGGAUUCCUAGCGUGGUGGUCGUUGACUACCUAUCGAAACGUGUCCUGUACAUUAGAAUAUUUAGCUUACUUAGGUUAUAUAAUGGGAGAUAACGUCAAUCAGCUUAGUGCUAUUUCAGUCACUCGUAAUAAGGCGAAUGAACCCAACAGGAAACAACUAUUAAGGAAUAUCUUAGUUUGCGAUGUCGUAGGUGCUCCCGGCGUUGGCAAGGUAAUUGACUGUCUUGAUUUACUUUUGUUCUUUGAAUACUGUAGUUAUAUUGCUGGAAGAAAAUCAGAAUACACAAUUAAUACCGUAGAGAUUUAUGGUCAGGAGCGUUAUCUGGCGGUAAGGAAGCUUGAGAUAUUACAUGAAGUAAAUGCCAAUGAUCCAAAAACCGCCAGCGAUCUUGUAAUGUUAUCAAAUGCUGACGCUGUAUGUUUGGUGUACUCCAAUUCAGACAAGAAUUCAUUUCAGUACAUUGCAAAGGUCCAUAAAAUAUUGCAAUCGAAAGUUACAAAACCGGUUAUGAUCAUUGCUACCAAAAGCGAUACACCCGCCGUAACACAAAAUUUUGAUAUGCAACCUUCUCAAUAUUGCUACAGCGAAAAUCUUGGAAAACCACAGUCCUUCUCCGCUACUGGUCGUAGGAACGCUAAAGUUUACAAGACAUUGGCCACCGCUGCCGCAUUCCCGUAA